AUGAGCACAAAUUUUUCUUACUCCUCCUUUUCUCAUAAUACCUCUCUCCUAUUUGUCGUCUUCUUUCAUUUAAUUCUUCUCCCUCUAUCAAUUUUCCUCCUCCUCCUCCUAAUACCUCUCCUCUUCCUUCGCGUCUUUCUCCACCUCCUAUUUGAUUCCCCACCGUCAAUUUUCCUUCAUUUUAAUUUAUCCCUUCUAUUUUUCUACUCUUCCUUCUCCCCAUUCUUCUCAUUUUUCACAACUCUUUCUGUUUUCACAUUUUACACAAUUUGUAUUCUUCUGACCCAUUGUUCCACCAUCUUCACCUCCCCAUAUUUGUCUUUCUUUUUUUCUCUCUUCGGCGCCAAAUUCCCACUCAAAUUCAUCUUUGUUCUAGACAUCGUCCUCAUCCUCUUCAUAUUUCAUCUGUUACUCCUACUCCUCAUAUAUUUUUUCAUCUUGUUUUAUUUUUUCUUCUCCGACUCAUUGGCUCCUAUCUCUUUUCCUCCAACUGAACAUCUCUCUUCUUACUUUACACCCUUUCAUAUUUGCCUCUCCUUCUUCUCUUCUUUAUUCUUAUGCACAUCCUCAUCUUCUUUUUGGACCCUAAAUGCCGGUCGGUUGAAUAUUCAAUCUCGAUUAUCUCUCUCUAUCUCUCUAUCUUCUCAGUCUGUCCCUACCUAUCUCGCUAUUUAUCUUCUCAGUCUCUUCCUAUCUAUCUCGCAAUCUAUCUUCUCAGUCUCUUCCUAUCUAUGUAUCUAUCUUAUCAGUCUGUUACUAUCUAAGUCGGUAUCUAUCUAUCUAUCUAUCUAUCUCAGUCGGUUCCUAUCUAUCUAUCUCAGUCGUUUGCUAUCUAUCUCUCUCUCUCUCUCUCUCUCUCCCAUGUUCCUAUUUAUCUUAGUCUGUUCAUAA